AUGUCUUUCACUUUACCCACUUUAACUAAGGAAAGAGCUAUUUCCAAUAGUUCUGCAAAAUUGCACACCACCACUCGUAUCAUUGAGCCAGUUGGUCAACACUUUGUUCACCAUGCUCAAAGAUCUUUGAGAGACCACACCUUUUCUGAAUUCGAACAAUAUUUGACUGAGAAAAGGGGUGCUAAUGGUAACGACUCUUCUAAUGUUGAUCCAGAUGAAGCAUUGUUUGACACUGAGUUAGCGGACGAAAGCUUGUUAGAACAUGAUCCAAGAGAAUGGAAAACCGCUGACUUGUAUGCUGCUUUGGGUUUAUCCAAAUUGAGAUAUAAUGCCACUGAUGACCAAAUUAUAAAGGCUCAUAGAAAACAAGUUUUAAAGUACCAUCCAGAUAAGACAAGUGCAGCUGGUGGUACUUUAGAGCAAGAUGGUAUUUUCAAGAUCAUUCAAAAGGCUUUUGAGACUGUCACUGAUGCAAACAAAAGAAGACAAUAUGAUUCUGUUGAUUCUGUUGCUGAUGUUGAACCACCAAAGAAGGGUUCUAAGUACGAUUUUUAUGAGAGUUGGGAACCAGUCUUUGUUGCUGAAGGUCGUUUUUCUAAGAAAACGCCUGUUCCAGUUUUAGGCACCAGCAGCUCUACCAAAAAGGAAGUUGAAAACUUUUAUGCUUUUUGGAAUAGAUUUGAAUCUUGGAGGACUUUUGAGUUUUUGGAUGAAGAUGUCCCAGACGACACUUCCAACAGAGACCACAAACGUUAUAUUGAGAGAAAAAAUAAGGCUGCCAGAGAUAAGAAGAAGACUGCUGAUAAUGCUCGUUUGGUUAAAUUGGUUGAAAGAGCCUUUAGCGAGGAUCCUCGUAUCAAACAAUUUAAAGAAGAAGAAAAAAAGGAAAAGGAAAGAAAGAAAUGGGAAAGAGAAGCUGGUGCCAGAGCUGAAGCUGAAGCCAAAGCCAAGGCUGAAGCUGAAUCCAAGGCUAAGGCUGAAGCUGAGGCAGAAGCUGCUGCCAAGAGCAAGGCUAGCAACAAGAAGGCCAAAGAAGCCGCCAAGAGCGCCAGAAAGAAGAAUAAAAGAUCUAUUCGUAAUGCUCCAAAAGAAAAUGAUUAUUUUGGUGAUGCUGAUAAGGCUGCUUCCAUUGAUGAACAAACCAGUUUAAUUGUUGAUAGUUUAGAUGAUGAACAAUUGGCCGAGGUUGUUCAAAACUUGAAGACGGAUGCUAAAAAAGCUUUGAGUGACAUUGCAAAGGUUUUAUGUGACAAUAAUAAAUUGACAACUAGUUUAGUUACUUAUUUUGUUUGA